AGAGAUGCUGCUGAGAUAUGAAUUGAAAAUAACAUUGAUUUUCAGUCGUUAAUUGCAAAGUUUCUGGAAAGGCCGCUGGGACUAAAUACCCUUUGUUGUGUACAAGCAUACAUUUACAAUUGCAUUGUGAGAUGGAGUUUAAUGGUGUCAUGGAUUUUGAGCACUCAACUUUUCUACUCUCUGUCAUACUGGCCGUUGCGCUGGUUUUGCUAAUGGCCAAAAUGAUGAUUCAGGGCAAGAUUGGAGAAGGGGAAAGACAAAAGCUUCCUCCUGGAAGUUUGGGUCUGCCUGUAAUUGGUGAAACGUACCAAUUUCUGAGAGCAUACAAGGAAUUCAAGGCCAAAGAUUGGGUGGAAGAAAGAGUUACGAAAUAUAGCAGCGUAUUUAAAACGUCACUCAUGGGGCGCCACACAGUUGUUCUCACGGGGCAAGCAGGCAAUCGCUUUCUUUUCCAAAACGAGUGGACGAUGUUUGCGAGCACACAAGCCCCAACAGCUCUGCGCAUUUUCGGGGUUCGGAGCAUGUUGGACGCGGAGGAGGAAGUUCACAAGCGCUUGAGAGGGGCCGUCAUGUCUUUUCUCAAGCCCGAAUCGUUGAAGUCAUUCGUGGGAAGAAUGGAGUCCGUCAUUCAGAAACAUUUCGUUGAUCACUGGGAAGGAAAAGAGAGAGUUACAGUGCUGCCAUUGAUGAAAAAGCUCACUUUCGACGUUGCUUGUGAUCUCCUCUUCAGUUUGAAAGAGGGUGGAGAGAAAGAUUUGCUGGGCAGGGAGUUUGAUACGCUGUUGAAUGGGGCAUGGUGUCUUCCCUUGGAUUUCCCAGGCACAACCUUUCGUCAGGUUUUGAAUGCUCGGAGUCGCAUAUGUGGGCAGUUGGUGGGCAUCAUGGAACGGAGGAAGGUGGAAAUUGCACAGGGCUGUGCUUCCCCAGAGCAAGACUUGUUGUCUUGCUUGGUGUGUAUGAGGGAUGAAAAUGGGCAGCCGCUCACCGAGGAGGAGAUCACUGAUAAUCUCGUCGUUGUCUUGAUUGCCGGCCAUGACACCACUUCUAUUCUUCUCACGCAUCUUGUGAGGAUGUUGGCACUAGACCCAGAGGUCUACAACAAAGUUCUCCAAGAGCAAACACAAUUUCUUUCAGGGAAAGAACCAAAUGAACCUCUUAGAUGGGAAGACAAUCAAAAAAUGAAAUACACAUGGAUGGUAGCUCAAGAAAUAUUACGUUUAGUACCUCCAAUUUUUGGCAGUUUCAAAAAGGCAACAAAAGUUAUUGAAUAUGAAGGCUAUAUAAUUCCCAAAGGAUGGCAGAUUUUUUGGGUGACAAGCUCUACACAUAUGAAUGAAGAUAUUUUUAAGGAACCAAAUAACUUCGACCCAUCUCAUUUUGAGACUCAAAUUCCUCCUUACAAAUUUAUACCAUUUUCAGCUGGACCUCGAAUAUGUCCAGGCUAUAAAUUUUCACAAGUAGAGACAUUAUUAGUUUGGCAUCAUUUAGUAUCCAAAUAUAAAUGGUCAAAAAUAGUUUCAAGUGAGAGAAUAAUUUGUCAACCAGGACCAAUUCCUUCACUGGGAUUUCCAAUCAAGCUUGAAGCUAGAUCAAAUUAGAUAUGCUUUAAUUUUAUAAGAAGAAUGACAAUAAUAAGGAAUUGUGUGUACAUAUUUUUACUUGACCCUAUUUCAGUUCAAGGAA